GAGGAGUGCGUGAGAGAGAGAGUACCGCGGCAGUCUUCUCUCCUCCGUUGAGUUCCGCUGAUGUCAGUGAGCCAGGGAUGUCAUGUUGGCUUCUAUUUACAGGCUGCUGCCCCCCCCCCCCCCCGACCUGAUUCAAGCGCAUCAGAUAUUUGUAUUCGCUGACAUCGUGGAAUGGUACGCAGACGAAACAACACAGGACAAUCGUCCCAAUUUCACGCUUAUUCCCCUAUAUUCUAUCCUCGUCGCUUCUGAUUCGUAAUUAUGAACGUUUCCAGCGAUUAACAUCGCGUCAUAGUUUCAAAAAUCCAAUAACAUCCCCCCUCUCCGCCAUUCUCUGUGGAUGCUGCCAGUAACAUGGCGAUGGUGGCGAGACAGGGGUCCAUUUGGUGAAAGACUUGCGAAGCAUCGCUUCGUCCGGGGGAAGUAUCGGGGUUUGGUCGGAAGGUUUCCAAUGUUGAACAUGUCGACCCCAAGCGAGCUCAAGUCUCCCUGUGUCCCGAGGAAUGGUCUGGUGAAGCUACCCCCUCAGCCCAACGGCCUGGGCAGUGCCAGCAUCACCAAAGGCACACCCGCCGCCAGGAACCGCCUGUGCCAGUCCUCCUCGGUGCCCGGCGUCUUGCCCCCCCCCAUGCCCUAUCAUCUGGACCCUCUAGGACCCCUGCCUACCGCGGCCCCAUUCCUGGGUUCAGACCUGGACUCCAGCCACCUGACAGCACUCAAACCCUCUCUGCGCCAGCUUCCCCUCACCCUCCCCAAGCCCUCGCUCCCCCUGGGUCUCUCCAUGGCCCUGCCCAUGCUGCGACCUCUAGAGCGACAGCUGGCCCUGGAUGAGAAGCUCCUCAACAGGCUGCUGUGGUACUUUACCACAGCUGAGAAGUGCCUUCUGGCCCAGGUGUGUCGGACCUGGAGGAAGGUGCUGUACCAGCCCAAGUUCUGGGAGGGCGUCACGCCCAUCCUUCACGCCAAGGAGUUGUACAGCCUGCUGCCCAGCGGGGACAAGGAGUUUGUCAGCCUGCAGGCUUUUGCCCUCAGGGGUUUCCAGGCCUUUUGUCUGGUCGGGGUUUCAGACCUGGACAUUUGUGAGUUCAUUGAUAACUACCCGCUGUCCAAGAAGGGGGUGAAGUCGGUCAGUCUGAAGAGGUCCACAAUCACAGACGCUGGGUUGGAGGUGAUGCUGGAACAGAUGCAGGGUUUGAUGCACCUGGAGCUGUCUGGGUGUAAUGACUUCACGGAGGCCGGUCUGUGGUCCAGCUUGAACGCUCGGCUCACCUCGCUCAGCGUCAGCGACUGUAUCAACGUGGCCGACGACGCCAUCGCCGCCAUCUCACAGCUCCUGCCCAACCUGUCAGAGCUCAGCCUGCAGGCCUACCAUGUGACAGACACGGCCAUGGCCUACUUCACGGCCAAGCAGGGCUAUACCACUCACACACUGCGGCUCCACUCCUGCUGGGAGAUCACCAACCAUGGGGUGGUGAACAUGGUCCACAGUCUACCAAACCUGACGGCGCUGAGCCUUUCGGGCUGCUCCAAGAUCACGGAUGACGGGGUGGAGCUGGUCGCAGAGAACCUGAGGAAGCUGCGGAGCCUGGACCUGUCCUGGUGCCCCAGGAUCACCGAUACGGGUCUGGAGUACAUAGCCUGCGACCUGCACAAACUGGAGGAGCUGGUGCUGGACAGGUGUGUGAGGAUAACAGAUACUGGUUUAGGUUACCUGUCCACCAUGUCUGCUCUGAGGAGCCUCUACCUGCGUUGGUGCUGUCAGGUGCAGGAUUUUGGGCUACAGCACCUGUUCGGCAUGAGGAGUCUGCGUCUUCUCUCUGUGGCAGGUUGUCCUCUUCUGACCACUACUGGUCUGUCUGGUUUGAUCCAGAUUCAGGAUCUAGAGGAGUUGGAGCUCACCAACUGUCCUGGAGCCACAGCUGAACUCUUCAAGUACUACUCUCAGCACCUGCCUCGCUGUAUGGUCAUCGAGUAGGCCUCUACCCCCAGACCCUCAACCAGUAGGCCUCUACCCCCAGCCCCUCAACCAGUAGGCCUCUACCCCCAGACCCUCAACCAGUAGGCCUCUACCCCCAGCCCCUCAACCAGUAGGCCUCUACCCCCCACCCCUUCAACCAGUAGGC